ACGGUUCGCCUUCGCAGAGCCGUAUCAACCGUCGCUGGACGACGCACCACCAUCUCCGCAGAUAUUCGGCAGGCCCGCUUUUGUCAGCUACCCGACCACCAUCAGCGUCAAGAUGCAACCCAAGAUGACCGUCUUGUGCACGCUAGUGACGUUCGUAGUCGUCGUCGCAGUUUCGAGUCUCACAGCCGACGCAAUACCGCAUAGCCAUGAAAAUUAUUGGGAUCAGCAGGAUGACAUAGAUCGAGACGAAUUCCUAGAGUUCCUCUCUCGUAUGAGUCGCGCUAUCAUGAGCCGCCCUGAGUUGGAAAACACCAAACGAGGAAUGGAUCUGGGUCUCAAUCGUGGCUUCAGCGGUUCUCAGUCGGCGAAACACUUGAUGGGACUCUCGGCGGCGAACUACGCUGGCGGUCCUGGACGAAGGCGUCGCUCGGAACAGGCGUAGAUCGCAGACACGAUCGCUGAUGCAGAGAGAUUACUAUACAACUCGUAAUAAUGUCACUCCCGACUCCGAUCCUUCCACUUUGUCUCUACCUCGAGCUUGAACCACCGAAAUUCAGAAUCGUCCGUUGCCAGUGGCGUAACUAAAUGCACUCGAGCGAUUAAUUACUCCCCUCUCCCCUCCCGCCCCAAGUAAAUCUAUAGAGUAUAGAUAUAUGCACUUCCUUCAAAGCGCAAAUAGUAUAAGUUCCUUAUUAAUAAAAAGAUUACGAUUAUAGAUACGAUUGUAGCUAAUCGAUGUUGAUAAAUUCGAUUUUACAUUCUACCGUUUAGUCCUUGCACUUGGAAUUUUGCACACUCCUUCUAGUUGCACCACUGGCAGUUCGCAACUGCGUUGCUAAAUUACUCUUCAUUUUGUAUCGGUUCCGUAGAAGCGGAUGCGAUAAUAUCGCUCCUGGCGGAAAUGAUUUCAUUUAAAAUUAAUUUGAAGUAAAUGUACCUAUCUAUACAUUUAUAAUAGGCACAAAGUAGUGCAUUAAGUAGAUUGUUUAUUUGUGUUCUAUAUUAAUUCGGCUAGAAUACGGUUCAAUCUUUAAUUAAGAAUUGAUUAAUAACAUAAAUGACAAGUCUUUUAAAAAGAAUUUUAAAGAAAGAUUUAAGUCAGAUUUAGAUCAUUCUUUCACUCGUGGAUCCGUGUACUGUCAUCAAGAUUUUUUACAACAAAAAAAAAUUUUUUUAAUUUUACGGAAUGGAUUGCUCGGAUUUGUUUUUACAAUUGAACUUUUCCUUCCCUCUUUCAACCGACGAGGAAAAACUCGUGCAGCUCGAGAGCACCGUAAAGGCAUUCUUCGCCCAGGUAUCGUUAUUGCAUUUUGUUCUUCCGUUAUCUUUAUUUGUUACGCGUGAGCCGCGUACGGAUUAGCAACUUUAUUCAUGCCGCAAGAUAAAUGAAGUGGAUAGACGGUAGCAUUUCGCUGAUCCACCGAGAGGGCUCCUCCGAGUCGCGCCUCCGCGAAUCGAUGACGCUCCACUUCCGGGCUGCAUUUAUUCUAGUCAUUACUGUCUGCAAUUGAAAUCGUAUACACCGCGGCGAGUUCCCCCGAGCGAACGCCGCGCGCGAGAGAGAAUUUUCCUUUAAUCCUUUACGCGCGCGGAAUAAUUUUUCUUCCGCAGCUUUCGAACGCUCGCUUCGUUAAACUUUCAUACCAAACGAUGUGUAUUGUACGAUCGCUCGCACCCCUUCGUCUCUCGGUCUUUUUCUCUUCUCCGAUAUUCUAGUGACUCUCUUGUAAAAAAAAAAAAGACUCGUCGUACUUACUAUGAUAAUCGUAAUCGGUGUUGCGUUUCUUAGGUCAGGCGUUCUCAAACCUCGUUUUCGCGCCGACGAUAAAGCAAAUCCGCGUUGUGCGUAAAUACCUCGUCAGCAAAUCAAUCCGAUUCCGUCGGUCGGCUAAAGAGCUUACGUAAGAAACAUCGGGCGAUCGUAUUUUUUAUUUCAUACGUAUCGAGCGUUUUACGGCACUUCGUGUCGGCAUGCGUGUCGCGCGGAACGAUUUGAGGACCCUGCUAUUUAGGUCAUUUUGUUUUACUAGCUCCGACGUCUAUCUACAUCUUAUGUAACAGGCAACGUGCACGGAUGCACGCUGCGCUUGCAUAAAAUAAGAUCGUAUAAAAAAAAGCGACGUAGAGGUAGUAAAACUUCGUCCUUCUUUCGUGUUAUAGACUACCUUAGACUUAGUCCGUAGGUCAGGGGUGCGCAAAAAGAAAUGUCCGAUUUAUUUUAAAAUAAGAAAAGGAAAAACAGCAGCUCGAUAUUCGAGCUUUUCGAUAUUCACACAUGUUAUUAUAUUACGAAUCAUGUCGAGAAAACAAAUAUCGAACGUUACGCACGACUUUCCGAAAUUCAAUUAACCUGGCUGAAGUUAAAUCAAAUUUUCAAUGAACUACUUGAAAUAUUCAAAUUCGUUGCUUUUGUAGCGAGCAGCGAGCAGUUUUCAAUAGUACAUUAACAGAUUGCAGAUUUUUACAAUCUCAAACGCUGCAAACAGUUCAAUCAUAACGAAAUUCAAAUUUUCAACCGAAUGCGACCUAUUUUGACAUUUGGCUUGUGCAUUCCUGUCAACAGGUGGUAACCAAAGCGCACACUAAGUGUCGAGAACGGUUCCGUUAAUCGUACUCGACGAUAACACGCGAUAUAAUUGGCAAGACUUGGAGCAACCAUUAAAUAACCCGGGUAAAUUAUGCGAAAUCCUCAAAUUAUACUUAUUUACAAGAUUAACGAUCUAAAAUCCGUAUAUUGUUUUAAAAAUAGAGUGACAUUUUCAAUAUAGAGAUAAUUAUAAUUAGCUCGUUUGUCUUUCAGGAAAUAUUAACACAUAUUGUUAAAAUAAUCUACAAGAUAAUGCUAAUUGAACGGCUAUUAAUCAAUAGCUACAAAAGUGGAUUAUAACGUUUGCCGCGCAUGGUAUUUCCAUGACUAUUUCGCAUAUAAUAACUCCCCCGUUGCUCCAAUACCCGGGACGUAACACAAUCGUACGUUCGAUCGACGUACGCGGAUCUCGUUUAGUGAAUAAAUUACCUACCAUUUUAAAAAUAAAUGUGCACGGACGAAGCGAUUUGUUCGCUUAAUCGCGAAAUCCGGUUUGGUUAUCACCAAACACCCCAGAGAGCGAAGCGCGUGAAGUCGACCUGCGUUAUUUCUGUGUAUUAUAAAGAGAUUUAUUGCGCCUCUAGUAAAAACUGAUCGUAAAUAAAAGUUACUUUAACCCAGC